GGGCGGGCGGGGGGCGCUGCCCCGGCGGAGGGGGCCGGGCCGGGCAGCGCGGGGACACCGCGCCGGGGGGAGGAAGCGGCGCUCCGGCUCUGCGGCUCCGCUCAGGUCUGUGCCCGUUCCGUUUCUUACCGGAAUAAACGUAACGUCGGCGUUAUUUGGCUUUCGGCUGUCCCGGCCAGCGCCGAGAUGAAGUGAAAUAAUUAAGAAAAAAAAAAACAACAACGAAACAACCCGACAGAAAGCAGAAGGGAGGGAGAGAGGGGGCUCUGCGCGGGGCCGGGGCUGCGGCCGGGCCGGGGGUCCGCGCGCCCGAACUUUCCCCAACUUUCCCGCUGAGGCCGCUGCAGGGGGCUGCCGAGGGGCAGCGCGGGGCCGUUUGCGUCUCCCCGCCCGCUGACCUCCGUCCGGGGCGGCCGCGGGGUCCGGGCGCUUCCCCCGCCCGGCCGAGAGCGCGGGGGGAGCGGCGGUGCGACCCCGUCCGCCUACAUCCCUCAUCCCUCCGGAGUGCGUCCGCGCCGCGCUGUCAGCCGUUUGCGUUGCCGUUGUGUGCGCGGGGCGCCGCGUACCCGUGGCUGUGCCCGGCCCGGCCCGGGAGAGCCGUGCGGCGGAGGUGCGCUGCCUUCCGCACGCCCUUCGCGCGGCCGUGGCACCCGCUCUGCUCGGGGCCGAACCGGCGGCUGUCAGCGCUGUGAAUCGGAGCAGAUGUGUGUGCGCCUACCGGGCUCAGUGCGCCUCGGUCCGUGCGAGGUGCCGGGGAUAAGUUCGCUCCCCCCACCGUGGCUUAUGUCAGCCUUCGGCAGCCCCCCCCUCCGAUCCCCCGGGAUUGAGGUGGAUCUAGGGACGAAUGGAUGACUGAAUAUUCAUAUGAAGAGGAAAGCCAUAAAAGACGUCAGCGCCUUUGAAAACAGAAUGUUAAUGCUGGAUGGGAUGCCGGCAGUCAGAGUUAAAACAGAGCUGCUGGAAUCUGAGCAAGGGUCUCCAAACGUCCACAACUACCCAGAUAUGGAAGCUGUACCCUUGUUACUAAACAACAUGAAGGCAGAUCCCCCGGAGGAUUCAUUAUCUACAGAUCAUUUCCAAACACAGACUGAACCAGUGGACUUAUCAAUAAACAAAGCCAGGUCAUCCCCUACAGCAGCUUCAUCUUCACCAGUUUCCAUGACAGCAUCAGCCUCCUCCCCUUCUUCUACUUCUACUUCUUCUUCUUCGAGUCGACCAGCUUCAUCACCCACAGUAAUAACAUCGGUAUCCUCAGCAGCAUCUGUACCAUCAGUAUUAAGUCCAGGUCCUCUUGUGGCCUCUGCAUCUGGUGUCGGAGGUCAGCAAUUUUUGCACAUUAUCCAUCCAGUUCCACCUUCAAGCCCCAUGAACUUGCAAUCCAAUAAAAUGAGUCACGUGCACCGUAUACCUGUUGUGGUACAGUCGGUACCUGUUGUCUAUACAGCUGUGAGAUCACCUGGGAAUAUGAACAACACUAUAGUAGUGCCACUGUUGGAGGAUGGGAGAAGCCACGUCAAAGCACAAAUGGACCCCCGAGGCCUAUCUCCCAGACAAAUUAAAAGUGACAGUGAUGAUGACGACCUGCCAAAUGUGACCUUAGAUAGCGUUAAUGAAACUGGAUCUACAGCGCUCUCCAUAGCCAGAGCAGUACAAGAAGAGAGCAUGUGGGGCUGUGCCAGGUCAGCUGCUAACCCUUUUCGUUUUUUCAACUCCAGUUCAAUUUCGCCAUUCAGUAUUGAGAGCACAAGACGUCAGAGAAGGUCUGAGUCUCCAGACUCCAGGAAGCGACGCAUCCAUCGGUGUGACUUCGAGGGAUGCAACAAAGUAUACACAAAAAGCUCCCACCUGAAAGCUCACCGGAGGACGCACACAGGAUGCUAUCAUGUGGCUUCGAGUACUUCUCAACUUCUCCUCCAAGCUUAGUGCAGUGUGUGGGCACGGAAUCCACUGGGGGGCGGCCUUGAAUUGUGCAUCAGCUCUGAAACUCGGAAACGUGCAAGUGAAACUUGGAAUCGUUGGAGCGUUUCAUAAAUCACAAACACUUGCUAUUAAAUUUCUCUUUCUAGUAUCAGGUUCUUGGUGUUGCUUUGCCAAAUCAUCAGAUAAAGCUAUCAGGAGGUAUCGGGUGUGAUGGAGAGCCGCCUGGGCUCGCCGUCAAUCUUGUAGCUCAGAUAUAUCAACUCUUUCUGCAAAGAGAAAAAGGUGAGAAAAUGGCUUAUCGAGGUUGUGUUGAGUUGGUUUCUUCUUCAGUGAUCAUAAAGAAAAAUAUUAAUGUGUGUUUCUAUAAAGGAAUAAUGUGAAAAAUCAGAAAGUUAGCAGCCUUGGGUUGCAUUCCUGGUCUGUGUGUGUCCGUGCUGUUCAACACAGACAUUCCUGUCAGCCCAGGGAGUUAAUGGUGGUGGAGAGCUAAAACUUCCAUUCCCUGCAAGCUCAAUACAGCCCUGUGUACUGACUUGUAACUCAUCUUCUUUAGUUCACAUCUUUUGCUUUGAAGACAAACAGGGAAAAAAACUAUAGCAUUAUUUUAUGAUAUGUAACUGCUAUUUCAGGUCAUUUAGGAGGUAUUAAAGUUGCUGUUGAUGGUUCUAGUAGGGCAGCUGAACAUUUCAGACAAAAGCAAUACUCAUUCUUACCACU